CGCUAUUUCGAGCCAUUCCAUACUCCUCAUAGAAUGAGGUUUGCAGAGAUGGUGAAAUAUAGGGGACAUAUACAAAAAACCUGGGGUAGCCAUUUCGGGAUACCUCUUGAUACCCCAAAGUAACUUUGCUGUGUAGACAUAAUCUAAGGUGCUACAGGACUACUUCAUGUUUUUACACUGAGGAAGUUACCACCUUAAUUUAUCCCUAUGUCUAGGGUACAGGCCAGACACCCUUUGCAGUUAAUGUCAGGCAAACUCAGAAAGGGCUGAUAGUUACGAAGGUCACUUCAGGUCUGUAUUGAUUAGUGACCAAGACAGGUGAAAACUGCAUGGAUGUGCAAGAGUGCCCAAGUCAUUGUUCGGGUCUUUAAAAGCUCAUUACUUUGUCAGGUGCACUGCAAUAAGGUGUGGCUUUUAUGUAACCUAAGCGACAUUGGGGCACAUGGAGAUAAAAUGACAUCCUUUAAAACAAAGGAACAAAACUAUUUCUCUACUUGUACAGUGAAGCCUAUUUAAAUUAUUACAGUGUAAAAGAAAAAUAUGCUGUAAUGCACUCCAGCUAUUUAGUUGAACACCUCAGUGUAUCAAGUGCCGUGAUAUAAUGGGUUCCCACCCUUUAUGUGAAUAAGAAAAUUAUCAUGGGUGGGGCUCUUUUCAGCUGCUAUGGAUAGAUGUAGAUUAGUGCCUUGUUUCUGCACUUGGGUACUAGCCUCUUUAAGAUGGUUUCAACCUUUUCCAGGUAGAGCCUACUUCAGAAAUUGAAAGGUAAAGGAGAUAAAAAUGUCUUUUUUUAAGUGGGUUUAUUAGCAAAACCAGACCUAUCUGAAAUCUUCCAAGAGAACGACAGAGUGAGUAAUUCCAAACAAAGUACAGAGUGAAAAAGUGAAGCUGGCUGCUCCUUUCUGUUUUGUUUUAUGUGCACUGGGUCUGAGUACAAAGAUUUUUUCACUGUCCAAUGGAAUCCGAAUAACUUCUUCGUAGGUUAGCAGAGGGUUCAUGCAAAGUAUCUGAGAACUCUUGGCAUAGUUGGACUCUUGUGGUGCUUUUAGACCAGGGGUGGAGGGAACCUUUUUUGGGCUGCGGGCCACUGACCCACAGAAAAAUCAGUCAGGGGCUGCACAGCAGUGAGAAGAAAAAAAGUGUGGCCUUUGACUCAGAGAAAGAUACUCUCCACAUCAGAGGCCGGGGGCCCCAGCCUAGUAGAUUUUGUGUGCUUCAGCCCCACAGUGGGGAGAUGGGAAGGCUGGUGCACCAGCACAAGCUUCCCAAUACCAGAGGGGCCCUGAGCCUCAGGGGCUGGAUCCGGGUGUGCCAGGGGCUACAUCUGCCCCCGGCCUGAGGUUCCCCACCCCUGUUCUAGACUUUGAAGAAUGUCGUAAUUGCUAUAUACAAGAUCACUUGUCCGUCUACCAUAUUAUCCUGAUUUUAGCAGUUCCCUGUAACAACCAAUUAUUAUUGCCAAGAAAAAGUUUGCCACUGUUGUAUCAGAGAAGUAUAUGUGGGAGACCACAGUGCACUUGGGCAGUUCAGUUCUGAACCAUGGGAGGCAAUAGUAGAAGGAUUUCUUCCUGAGCCACCUGGCAAACAGUAUGUACUCUCAAUAUGAUUCUUGAGAACUCCUGUAACUUUUAUCCUAGGGGCUGCAACUAGUAGAGUUUCUUCUGAGGUGUUAAAUAAUUACAUAAUUUUAAGGUCCUCUUGACCCCUUUACACGAAUGCUACCUCCUUUGAAAAUUCCAUCCUGAAUCUCCAGUACCCCAAGACAACUGUAAAACAAUGCAAUAAAAAUUGUGUAUCUCUAGUAAUAUUUUCCUGUAGUGGCUUGGAAUUACUCCAACGUUAAGUCAUCUAGUCUACAAUCUCAAUAUUAUAACCAAAUCUGGUGGCAAAAGCAUUUCUUCUGCACAUUACAGAUAGGGAUAUAAAAUCCCAUUUAAUUGGUUAACCGAUUAACGGGAGAUUAGCCCCCUGCUGCAGGGUGAUGCUUAUCAGUUAGUCUUUUACAUCUCUAGUCACGAAUCAAAUUCCAUUUUAGCUUUUAGCCAGAAGAGCAAAAACCAGCAAAUACUGAAUCGGAGGCCAGAUUGAAGCCUUGUGCACACCAUUCUAGAGCCACUGUGGUGGUGUGGUAACUGACGGAGAGGGGGAUAUUUGAGUUAGCAAGAUGUGGCUGUAAUCCGGCCUCUCCUGGAGAGGAGUAGAAAAAGCCAGGCUGGAAAGAUCUUGUUAAAAACCUAUGACUUCCUCCUCCCCCCAUCCUCUAAUUUAUAACAGGUAUUUCAUUUCUGGUUUAUGUCCUUCUGCUUUAGAUAUAAUUCGAACUAUCCGGGAUCCAGAGAAGCCUAAUACUUUAGAAGAACUGGAAGUAGUAACGGAAAGUUGUGUUGAAGUGCACGAGAUAGGGGAAGAUGAAUAUCUCGUUAUUAUCAGGUUUACGCCUACAGUACCUCAUUGCUCUUUGGCAACUCUCAUUGGGCUUUGUUUGCGAAUAAAACUUCAGAGAUGUUUGCCUUUUAAGCACAAGCUGGAAAUUUAUAUAUCUGAAGGUGCCCAUACCACUGAAGAGGACAUCAACAAGCAAAUAAAUGAUAAAGAGAGAGUAGCAGCUGCGAUGGAGAAUCCAAACUUGCGUGAAAUUGUGGAGCAGUGUGUUACGGAACCUGAUUAGUCUCUACAGUAGCCACAGAGCUGUGAUAAUUUUGAUACAUGAGUUUAAUUAUUUGUAAAAUUUCAGGACCUUGAGUUUAAUACUUAUAUUGUUUGUACCUUCCACAUGACUUUUAAAGGAAACCAUUUAUAAAGCCGAUGUAAAUUAUAAAAAAGUAGCUGGCAGAAUAUAAAAUGCAGUGAAGCAUAUAGUGUUCUAAAGAAUUUAUAAUAAUCAGUGAUCAAGGAGAAAUAUUUUAACUAGUUAUGAGCUAGCUGUGUUGCCUUCUUCUGAUGCAAAUUGUGAUACAAAACCAAUUUUGCAGGUUAAAUUUCUGCUGUGCUCAAGUGGAAUAUGUUUCAAUCUCAACACUGUAAAAAAAUUAAAAAAUGAUUCUUGUAAUGAUAAGCUACUUCCUGUGUUGACUCUCUGUACUCUUAAUUUAAUUAACGUUCCUGGCCUGGUAGCCAUUAGAGAAGGAAAUGUUUUGCUCAAGUGUUUUCACUGUUGGUAAAAUGUUUUGUCAUAAAAAUUGAAACUAAAUGUAAAGCACGAGUUGACGUGCUAAAUUUGAAUAUAUUGUGUGAAUGGUCAACUAAAUUAGCUAAAAUAGUGGUAUACUCAAAAAGUGUCAAGUGAGUACUUCUGAAUUUCAGAUGUUCUUUAACCUUUAAUCUUCUGUCAGCAAGAAAAGUUCUUGUACUGCUGUGAUGUCCAUAUAUUAGUGGACUGUCAUUGUGAAUUUUUUCAGAGGAUUUUAGCAGCAAACUGAAUGACACAUGCUAGCCACUUCUGUUGUUUUUGCUUGUUUCCUAAUCCUUAUGCAAAUUGUUGGAGGCAUGUUGAUUUAAAAUCUGGUUAGAAUUGUGUCAUGGGACUAUCAGAUUUGAUAAAACAGGAGUUGACUGAUUUUUCUCUCUGUUAAUCUUCAAACCUAAAAGAUCUCUCAUCCUCCCUUUUUCAAAGAUUUAAGACUGCUGUGGUAAUGUUUUACUAACGUAACUUUGUUGCUUUUAUAUAAUUUUAAAUGAGACUUUUUAUAAUAAAUACAAAUGAAGUUUAUAACA